AUGACAGUGUUGAUGACCUCCUCGAACAAGAAGGACAUGGCAAGAUACCACAGGUCACCCCGCACCCAGGAGCAGUUCCAAAGACUCGACCGUCUGCUCGCGCACACCUUCGUGCGGAACCUCAUUCGCCAGCGCGUCUUGUCCUUCCAACAGUCGUCUCGAUCUUCCUCAGAGAAAGUGUACACGCCCAGAAUGGACAUGUUCGAUGAUGCAGACGAUCCCUUCGUCUCGGUUGUCCUCGAGCUUCCGGGUCUGAAGCAGGAGGACAUAUCCGUCCGCACUGAGAACAACCACUUGGUAGUGCAGGGCGAGCGGCGUUUCCCUGUUCUCUUACAACAUAAUGUGGGUGGGGAUAACUCUGCGCUCGCCCGGACCUCCUCGGAGGCGGUAGCACCGACGCAUUACAAAGUUCAAGAACUCAAAUACGGCAAGUAUAAGCGAGAGAUCCCUCUGCCCAGCGGUAUACAGGCUGGCGAUAUCCAGGCAUCUUUGAGUGACGGUAUGCUCAUGCUGUCGUGGCCGCGCUGUGCCAGUGCUACACUUGAAUACCCUGAGCCCAAUGCUGCGGAAGCCAUAGCGAGCGAGCCGGCCACGGCUGCCGCCACAGUCGACUGA